GGGACAACGGGCUUCCCAUGUUUUACGCCUGUAUUCGUUCAUAAAACUGUCUACGAACUUUAUUAUAAGGACCCCAAAGCCAACCGAACGAAUCAAUGGCGUUUGUGUGUACAUCUUUCGCUAUGUGAUCCUACGGUGAACAAAAGUUUUUGUUCGGAUUAUCAUUGAUUGCAGGAAAGGUUCGGACAGACAGCAUGUCUGACACAGACAAGAGAGCCGCGGGCAGAGACGCCUCCAGUAAAAAUCCGAGCUCGGACAAGAAGGAGAUUGAAAAGAAGAAGAGAUCUCGGGUGAAACAGCUGUUGGCUGAUGUGAAGAAACAAGUAGAGUUCUGGUUUGGCGACGCAAACCUUCACAAGGACAGGUUCCUGAAACAGCAGAUUAGCGAGUCGAGAGAUGGAUACAUAGACAUAUCAGUAUUGACCACCUUUAAUAAAAUGAAGAAGCUCACCACAGAUGUGAAGUUGAUCGCCAGAGCGUUGAAGAACUCAUCCAUGGUGGAGGUGAAUCUUGAAGGAACGUGCAUUCGCCGUAGGCGGCCUCUAGGGUCGGAUCCCAUCGAUGUGGACCAGCGGACAAUAUACGUGGAGUUGCUGCCUAAGGAUGUGAGCCACGCCUGGGUAGAACGGGUCUUCAGCCAGUGUGGCACCAUCGUGUACGUCAGCCUCCCGCGCUACAAGUCCACGGGACAGCCCAAAGGGUUCGCCUUCGUGGAGUUCCAGACCGUGGAGCAGACACAGAAAGCCAUAGAGCUGUUGAACAACCCCCCAGAGGACGCUCCUCGUAAGGCUGGUAUCUUCCCCAAGACCAAGAAGAACAAGCCUCUCCCCCAGCUGGCAGCUGACGACAGCACCCGCGAGGAGGACGAGGAUGACCGGAAGAAGAAGAAGAAAAAGAAGUCGCGCAGCGGGCGGAGGGAGAGUGCCAAUCAAUCUGUUGCCAUGGAAACUAGCGCUCUGGAAGAGGGGGGUGAAAAUAAGGAGGGGAAAAAAGACAAGAAGAAGAAGGAGGAGAAGAUGGAGGAGGCUGGAGAGUUGAAAAGCUGCCCGCAGUCAAAGCCCAGCCAAGCAGGGGGCAGCACUGAGCCAAAGGAAGCCGUGGCAGUGGAGCUGAAGAAGGAGGAUGACGGAGGAGGGCAGGCAGGAGAAGGACAAGCAGGGCAGGGGAAGACUCCCGGCAAGCGUGCCGAUAAGAAGCGCCGGCGUUCCCAGAGCACUGACACAGCGGAGACCAGUGGACCGGGCAGCCAGCAGCCAGCCAAGAUGAGGAGAGUGAAGGAGGAGAUGGAGAGCAAGACAACAGAGUCUGCAGAGGAAAGUGAGAAGAUGGAGAGAGAAGUGGAGGUGAAGAGAGAGGGAGGAGAGGAGGAGGAAGAGGAGGAGGAGAAGCCAGGAGAGGACUCCCUUCUGAAGGCAAAGAGGAAACGCAAGAAGAAACACAAGGAGCGCCUGAAGAUUGGAGAUGAAGUCAUACCUCUACGAGUGCUCUCAAAGGGGGAGUGGCUGGAGUUGAAGGAGCAGUAUCUCCAGCUGCAGAAGCGCAGCAUGUCAGUACUGAAGAAGAGCAUGACUCACAUCCAACCACACGGGGGCGCCACUGACAACAUGGACACACAGGAUGACAGCAAAGCUGAGGAGGGUAAACAGGCGGGUAAGAAGGAGCCUCCAGCUGGGCCUCAGUUUGAGAGCGGACUCAUCGUCAAGAUCACACACCCACAACCCCUACCAGGGAAGAAGAGCGUCAAGGACACCCUGUCUGAGAUCUCGGCGGUGGUGUAUGUGGAUAUUCUGGAUGGAGACGCGGAGGGACACGUGAGGUUUAAGAGCGCAGAGGACGCCAAAGCAGUCAUGGCCGCCCAGCAGCAGAUACUCAAGAAGCACAACUGGAGACUAGAGAUACUGUCUGGUGACCAUGAGCAGAGGUAUUGGCAGAAGAUUCUGGUAGACCGGCAGGCCAAACUCAACCGCCCACGAGACAAGAAGCGAGGCACUGAGAAGCUCAUUGCCAAGGCUGAGAAGAUCAUCGUAGCAAGAGCGAAAGAAGCCAGCAAGCACAUCCACUUCAUCGAGGAGGCUUGAUCACACACACACACACACACACACACACACACACACACACACACACACACACACACACACACACACACACACACACACACACACACACUCUCCUCAGUGACUAGCCCUCCAUGUAAAGUGUGUUAUGUUGCUUCCCUCAUAGCCCUGUCUUGGCUUGGUCAACAGGCCAUGCGGCAGUACAUGCACUGUAAGAAUGACAAGUUCCCUUGGAGAGACCUCGAUUGCCAUUGUAGGGGAACUCCUAGAGAUUCUAGUAUGGUGAACAGCCUAUAGGAGAGGGAUGUCAAACUCAGGCCCGGGGUCCAAAUCUGGCCAAAGUGAUUUUUUUUAUUCGGCCCUCGAGAUCAUUUCAAAUGUUCAUUACAGUUGGUCCACAUACUUAAGCAUGAAAUUUGGAGUGUCACAGGAGUAUGAGUGGGCCAAGGCCAGUGAAACAGCUCACUCAUAUGCAACGGAAUAUGUGCAGGCACAUUUGAACUAUGAUGGAAAUCUGUUUGUGAGAUUUAGUAUCAAAUAUUGUGCGUGUAUGCACAAUUUUGGUCUGUGUUUUUUUUUUAAAUAAAUAUUGAGUUUGGCCCUUCUUUGUUACAGAUUUUGAGUUUGACACCCCUGCUCUAGGUGCUUGGAAGAUCCCCAGGGGGUUCCUCCAAAGUGGCAAACUGUAGAACCCCUAAAGGUUCUUUUGAGGAACCCUUUGAUUGCCGCUAUGGAAGAACCCCUAAGCGCUCUCUGAGGCACCUUGGAGUGCUUUCAAGAACUUUUUAAGUUCUUCAAGGAACUAUUUGGGUUUCCCCACAAGCCAGCUGAGUACUCUUUGAGGAAUAACUUGUUUACAGUGUAUGUUGUCAUCAGGCAAUACUAGUAAUACUGUAUGUUUUGUUUGGUGUUAUGUGUGAUUGGCAUUGGGCAGACAUUGUUUCAGUUAGAAUGCUCUUGUGCGUGUGCAUUUGGGAACCGUUGUUUGUGGAGAACAAACUUUUUUUUUUUAAAGUGAUACUGGAUACUAUGAUUUAGUGAAUGAAAUGUCGAUACUUAGUUUUCUAAGUGAAAAAAGGACAAUAAAAGAUGUAAAUGUUGUAAAUAGAAUAAUGAUGAACAAUCGUCAUCCCCACAACUCUGAAAAUGUGAAGUCCAGCGACUUCAAUUAAUUUUUUUGCAUUUUGUACAGUUUUGUCUUUUUUUCCAGCAAUUUCAGUAUUUUAUCCAGUUUUUACAGACACCUUAAUGUGUGUUUUCUUUAUUUUUUAAAUAAAUGGCAAAUUUCUAAACAAGCAAAUUCAUAAAUUCAUUCAUUGCUUGAAAUGUGCAUUGAUUUGUCAUUGUGUUGUUCAGUACAUCAAUGGC